CAUCGACAGCCGCCUCGGCGAGCCGCACAAGUUCAAGCGGGAGUGGUCCAGUGUGAUGCGCUGCGUCGCUGUGUUUGUGGGCAUCAACCACGCCAGCGCUAAAGUGGACUUUGCCAACAACGUCCAGCUGUCUCUGACUCUGGCGGCGCUCUCCAUCGGCCUGUGGUGGACUUUCGACCGCUCCCGCAGCGGCUUCGGGCUCGGAGUAAGCAUCGCCCUGCUGGCAACGCUGGCCACCCAACUCCUGGUUUAUAACGGAGUGUUUCAGUAUACUUCUCCAGACUUCCUGUAUAUUCGCUCCUGGUUACCUUGCAUCUUCUUUGCGGGGGUGAUAACUAUGGGAAACAUAGGACGGCAGCUAGCCUUGUAUGAAUACAAAUUCAUUCAGGAAAAGAGCCAUCAGGACUGAGGGAGCUCUCGGCUCCACCUGGACGUCCUCUCAUAAUGACACUGCACCAACCUGAAGCCAGAGGCGGCGUGGACCCGGAGUGGCUGACUCUCGCCGCUCAGGCGUGUCAAACAAACUCCUGGCUCCUGAUUGGCUCGCCUGGUGCUUCCCGCUGGAACAAAAACAGUAUUUUUUCCGCCAGAGCUCGGCGUCUUAACCCCGAGCUGAGGAGAACAAUGACAGUUUGUUGUGCGUUUUGUUUUUUUUCUCCGGUUUUAUCUCAUCUCACCUGGAAAAGGGAUUAGCGGCGAAAGCUUCUAUCGUUCUUCAGAUCAGCGUUGGCUCCGUUGUGCCAAACACAGUCACACAGGGGGAUCGUAGUCUUAUCUGUUCACAUCCUUCACGUAUUGCUGGAGAACACACAGCUAACUCCUAUCUCCACAGAUGUGUAAUUAGCUUAUAUCUACAGUUAAAUAGGAACAGGAAUGAUGAUGUACAGUAUCAUCGGAUCCAAACAAUGAAAGCAGAGUGAUUUCUUUCUGAUUGUGCGAAGCUGUAAAGAGACUUUGGUUGGAAGCGAACGCUGCAUUUGGACUCAGUUUCAUCCAUAUACGAGCACUGACUCCAGUUUUAAAGAGACAGUUCACCCACGAAAUCUAAAAUACACAGCUUGUUUUAGUUAGAAACACUCAGAAAGAGCAGAAAUAUACAGCAUUAUUCCUGUUAGACGCUGUUUGAAUCCAACUAAAA